CAGUCAGUGAGAAGGAAAGGUGGGAGGAUAAGACUCCCAUCCUCUAGAGCUUGACCCAUUCAAAACAAGCAAUUGAGAAAGGCUUGACCACACAGGCAUACAGUUCAUUGAAACUGUGAAGCAUGGUGGGUGUGAAUGUGCUCUACUGUAGAGCGUUAAUGCUCUGCUGGACCCAGCUCUUUGUGGCCCCACAUGUCCAUGGACAGCAGCUGAUCCUUGACCCCACAAUGACAGGCCACCGUGCAAUGAACUCCACAGAAACUGGAGAUGAUUUGGAGAUUAAAAAUGCAGAGCACGCAUUCCCAUCAGCAAAAGCAGCUUCCACAGUGUCUCAUCACAUCCCUCACAACAGCCUGUGCUUUGUGGAUGACAUACUCUCAGUGUUGCGUGAUUGUGUGGGGAACGACGGUGAACUCACAAACAGCAGUUUGGCGCUGUUUGGAAUCUGCACAGUAUCUGAAAAUUCAUCAUGUUCAGUCUUGUUAGAGCUCGCUAAGGAAACAAGCAGAAACCACAGACGACUAUCGCAGGUUGUGCUUCCGAGUGGAGUGCUGGUGGAAGAGGACGACGAAAGAGGAGCGCUCAAGUUGACCUUUGACCCCCCACAGUCUCCUUCGCUCACAAUGAACCCUGUGCUGCUCCUGACAUUUGAAGGUCCACUCAGAGGAGGAGACCUGGACAUUACUUUCACUAGUCAGUCACUGGAGCCUAACACACAGUCUGUGUGCAUUUCAGGAGAGACACAGUACCUACUACUGACAGGAAAAGCAUCAGAGGGCAACAUUUACCAGAAAUGGAGGAUUUCUGUUGAAACUAAAUCCCCUGACAUGGAGCAAAGCCUAAAAGACAUUUUUAUUGGUGGAAAAUCUGGAAGUAACAUCAACGUGACUCCACUUCUGCUUUUCUCUGGGGAAACAGGAACUGAUACAAGAUAUGCACAUGUUUCAAGCUCAUCUCCAGCCUCCUCACAAACCCUGUCCUUCCUUUGUGAGCUGAAGCGGUUCCUGGGUGACAUCCUGCCUCAGGAGCACCCUAAGCCCCCUCUGGUCCAUCUGGACUCCUUACAGUCCCUGCCUCCUCUGGCACUUGGCUUAUCCUCCAGUGAGACCCUGCUAGCAGAGCUGAUCAGCUCCUCAGCCCCCACCGUCUUCUCCUUCACUAGCUGGCACUCCAUGUUUCAUGUGUAUCAUGGAGAAUUGGCCCUGUCUCCUGCACUGUUGGCAGAGCUCAGGCAGAGGUUGCAGCAGACUGUGACACAGAUAAGAGAGGUAAUAAGGGAGGAGGAAGUGGAUCGCAGUGCCACAGAGAGGCUGGGGAGGCUUGAAGAAGUCAGUGUACUUCUGAAGAAGGAACCAGCAGCAGGAGAGACCCAAUACCGUGCACUUCUUCUGCUGAAGGCUCUGCAGACGGUGACCUGUGCAUAUGAGCUGCGGAGAGGACUGCGGGCCACCAGAGCAGACCCCAGUAACCCAGUGAGGGACGACGGCUGUGGGCUGAAGAGCCUCACCGUGUCCCUUGUAAAGAGUGCCCUGAGUCCGUCCACUUCCAACAUCAAGAACUGCCAUGGCUCUUGUUCUACCCCGAGGUAUAAAAUCACUGUCCAUGCUGUCCUGCUCACAUCGCACAUUGCUAGUGAAAAUGGGGAUGAGCGGGCCCCGUGCUGUGUGCCUGUGGCCUAUGAACCCCUGUACAUGGUGUUUGGUAACGAAACUGGGACUUAUGUUUCCACUGUACCAGAUGUAGUGGCAAAGGAGUGUGAAUGCCGCUAAAGCAGUUUUCUUUUUAGUGUGUAUUUUUGACACCGAUGAUAUUUUAACUUGUUUUGUGUAACAAUCACUCACCGUAGCUUGUAGUAUCCCUUGUCACUAAAUGUAUUUAUGCAUGCAGUAUUAAUGAUACACUGAUAUAAAAGGCACAUCUUGAUUCAGUGUCUUCUUUAUAUGCUUGUUUGGAGUAGCUGCACACAGCAGAAUGUUUCUCACACUUAAAAUAAUAAAGUUUAUGGAAAAC